ACUAACAUCUAAUGAACCAGCAUUUAACAUUGACGACAUGGAAUUUGAAAUGGAUGAUACAAUAUAUGAUACAAUAGAUAAAGAGUCUAAUAAUGAAUCUGAAAAAGAAAAUUCAAUUUUAUCAGAUAGAGAACUUAAGAGAAACAAAAAUAGAAAUGCUACAUCACGGUCCAAUUCAAAGAAACAGAAAACUGAAAGAAUGACUAUAAUAUGUGACAAAGAAAUGGAAUUGGCAGAUAUAAAAAUUAAUCAUGAAAUCGAAAUAUGUAAACUUAAAAAAGAACGAGAACAGUUUAUUAAUAAAAUGACGAUUAAAAAGUUGUUCUUAGAAAAAAAAGAGUUACAAGAAAGAGCUAAAUUAGCGAAAUUUCGUGCUCAAAGAGAAAUGGGAGAACAUUAUAUCUCAGAUGAUGAGUAGAAAAAAAUUUCUAAAAUAUUCGCUGUGAAUACUAAGUUAUAAAUAAUGU